UGACUCGGAACAUUUUGUAACAAAAAAAAGCAACCGAGAAUUGGUGUUGGCGGCUGCGCGGCCUCUGGUCAAAGCCAGCAGAGCACAGUUGCCAUCUGUAGCUGCAUUACCGCCUCCCUGCCCGGACUGAGAGAGAGAGAGAGACCAGGAUUGUCUUAAACCCUCGCACUUCAUAAUCCAAACACCUGCAAAAUAACCAGGUCCACAGCAACUAUGCGCCGUUAAUUGGAACAAUCAUCUUGUGCAAAUGGUGGAAUUUGUUCAUUAUUGUUGUCGAUACCAGGGAAGAUUUUGCAAAUGGGUUGAAUAAUUUUUGAAUACUCUGCCUGCGAUUGAACAAGCUGAGCUGCUUUGCUGAUUUUAUUGCGGAUGAUGCUUCUGCUGUGGAACUCUACAAUCUGAAAUUGCAUAACCGAGUAUAUACAGAAAACUGCCAUAGGUUGGAACUCGUUAUGGAGAAAACUAAAGAUAAAGAUAAAAUUGAUGAAAGAUCUAGAAUGACAAGGAGUGGUGGACGAAGUGCCCAUAAUUCUGGUGUUUUAAUGGUUGGACCCAACUUCAGGGUUGGAAAAAAAAUAGGAUGUGGCAAUUUUGGAGAACUUAGAUUAGGUAAAAACUUGUACACAAAUGAAUAUGUGGCGAUUAAAUUGGAACCAAUGAAGUCCAGAGCACCACAACUUCACUUGGAAUAUAGAUUUUACAAACAGCUGGGAUCUGGUGAUGGAAUUCCUCAGGUUUAUUACUUUGGUCCAUGUGGAAAAUACAAUGCCAUGGUGCUUGAAUUACUGGGACCUAGCUUGGAAGAUUUAUUUGACCUUUGUGACAGAACAUUUUCCCUUAAGACCGUGCUUAUGAUUGCUAUACAGCUAAUUUCCCGAAUGGAGUAUGUUCACUCAAAGAACUUGAUAUACAGAGAUGUAAAGCCAGAGAACUUCUUGGUGGGAAGACCGGGAAGCAAAAACCAGAAUGUAAUUCACAUAAUAGAUUUUGGGCUUGCAAAAGAGUAUAUAGACCCAGAGACAAAAAAGCACAUCCCUUACAGAGAACAUAAAAGCCUUACUGGGACGGCAAGAUACAUGAGCAUCAAUACACAUUUAGGAAAAGAACAAAGCAGAAGAGAUGACUUAGAAGCAUUAGGCCAUAUGUUCAUGUAUUUCCUCCGUGGCAGUCUACCUUGGCAGGGCCUUAAGGCGGACACAUUAAAAGAAAGAUAUCAGAAAAUCGGGGAUACCAAGCGAGCGACACCUGUUGAAGUAUUGUGUGAAAACUUUCCAGAAAUGGCUACGUAUAUACGCUAUGUAAGAAGGCUGGACUUCUUCGAGAAACCAGACUAUGACUACCUAAGGAAACUCUUCACAGACUUAUUCGAUAAGAAAGGUUACAUGUUCGAUUAUGAAUAUGACUGGAUCGGCAAACAGCUUCCCACUCCAGUUGGCUCAAUUCAUACAGAUAAUGCUCUCACAACAACCAACAGAGAUAGUCAUCAACACAGGGAUAGAACACAAGCCAAAAAUCAGUCAGCAGAGCACAGGGGUGCUUGGGACACUCUGCAGGCCAACUCCCAUCAGUUGAGAGCUCACCUGGCAGCUGACCGACAUGGUGGUUCUGUACAGGUGGUUAGUUCAACGAAUGGGGAAUUGAAUACAGACGAUCCAACAGCUGCACACUCCAAUGCACCGAUCACUGCCCCAGCUGAAGUAGAAGUAAUGGAUGAAACAAACUGCCAGAAAGUGUUGAACAUGUGGUGCUGCUGUUUCUUUAAACGGAGAAAAAGGAAAACUAUUCAACGUCACAAAUGACUCUGGAAGCCGUCUGAUCAUGGAGAAUUACUUACUUGUUCAUCUGCUGUCUCUUCAUAAACAAAAAAAAUCAAUCAUCUCUGCAGUGACAACAGACUUUAUCAAAGGACUUUUCCUUGUAUUUUUGCCCAGUAAUUUGGGUGGUUGUCUGAUGUGGGCAUUCUGUUUUUAUUUCAUCAUCUUGAAACUAUGUCGCAUCCUAUGUCUAUGUGUUCAUAUUUUGAGGUUGAAGGAGGGACCUUUUGCCAGGUAAUGUAUGAAACUCAAACUUUUUCUGUGACUUUAACCAAAUCAGGCUGGAGUUUGUUUAAAUACAAUGGAGUUGAUUUGGUCCCAGCACGUGAAAGGCAGGAAUUGUAAGGUGCUUGGUAGUGACAACCUCUGAAUGUUUACAAGUUGAGAACUAAUUUUGUCGCCCAGGAGCUCCUUUGAAUAUAUCUGUAGUAAUUGCAUAGCCAGGGGUUUGGUCUGUCAGCCUGAUGAUCCAGGACAUGAUUAUCAUUAUCCCAAUAACUGAAGAAACUAGGACAAAACAAACAGACAAGUCUGAAUUCUACAAUUAUCUUUUAUUUAUCUUGAUUGAAGACCUCUGCACAAAAUUUUCAGUAUUACAUUUUAUGCUGUGUGCACCUGUCUUUGUCGAGGCUGCUGUCCAGAGUAACUGUGGAAGGAAUUGGGUUGAUUCAGCAGGUCGGCGAUUCAUGGCUGUUGCACUAUUACAAUACAAACAACCUGAGAUGGCUCCAGACAUUUGUGUGUACAAACAAUACCUGCUUUAUUUACCUCCAAAUGGAGACGAAAUGCAGUAGAAGGGCAGCAUGUGCUUAUUGUAUGAUAUUAUGACAUGUUUGUAAAAUGUAAACUGUGCUUCCUGAUGUAUUGUUUGGACUGAUAGAUGCUGAAUGUCCUGAGAGCUCGUAGAAUGAAGGAGGUAAGAAGAUAUUUUGAUCAUGCUUUGAAGUAUGCCGUGAGGAAGCACAUGGACUAAACCUGUGAUGAUGGAUAAUGGGAGCGAUGUAUCAUGAAUGAACUUAAUACAUAAUACAUGAUUUAAAAUCCAGAAACUGCAAAUCAUAAUGGGCAGGGAAUUACUUUUGUGUCUGCAGUAUAUCACCAAAUGCUUUGGCCUAAAUGGAUUUUAGGUAAGACCUAGGUAACAUCUAGAAUUGUCAGGCAAUUUGGAUGCACUACGUCUAAUUCAUAAAAUAGUUCUUUAAUAGAAAGCUAAAGAAUGUGAAACAAAUGGGUCAGGUAAUAUUGCCUGUUGCAUUUAAUAGCUGUGGUACCCAAACUGUGCAGUUGUAUGUGAAGCAUUCCUUUCUUAUCGUAAAUAUAGCCGUUCAAAUACUUCAUUCUGGAGAUGGGUCAGGUACUUUCUCUAUAAAUCCUUAAAGUGCCUGCAUUAGGAACAGAUCAGCUGUUCUACAAAACAUCUCAUUCUGUUUUCCAUCUUCUGCUCAACGGUUCGCUUCCACAGACGUUUAAAUACACCACUGGGACUUCCAAUGUUGUGCAGUGUUUAUCAGCUGUUUUCUACAGGUUUUUAGUUUCAAUUUUGCGCUGAACGUCAAGUUCUGGAUUAAGUCUGAUGCAAUGUAUUUAAUUCAAAUAAUACGUUGUAUGCAAAUUUCUUUGCAUUUGAGUAGAAAGACUGGAAGAAAAGUUAGAAUAUUUUAACAUGAAACUGCAAAUCAUAAUGGGCAGGGAAUUACUUUUGUGUCUGCAGUAUAUGACCAAAAUCUUUUUUCCUCUUAAUUACAUGAUGAGUGUAAAUAAGUACAGUAAUUUUUCUGUACCUCCACAAAUUUGAUCAUCACUUUCAAAUUUACUUUUGUUGGUAGGUCUUUUGCCUGUACGGAGUGCACAACGUGAUGUUGGCACAUAAAGCAAGGAAGGUGUACUGUAUAUUAAUGUAAUUAUGGACUGUAAUCUUUACAAACAAAUCAACCAUUUCCUGUUUGCUGAAAUGAAGACCAGUACAUCAGCACAAGCUUAUUGGCAAGAUUUCAAGUGCUGCAUUUUAUGCCUGGGAUGGAUUUUCCUUCCGACAAUGCAGUCUGAUCAUGAUUGGAAAAUGCAGCUGUGUUCAGUUUAGGCCAAUAAUUUUAUGCAGUCAUUGCUUUUCUGUCAAUACUAAUAAAGUGAACUCUGCCUGACUGUACAAGUGAUGUAAUACAUCUGUUUCCCAAUAUGUAACUGAAAAAAAAUAAAAGUAGUUUUUUUUAAAUUAGUCUGAGAAUGUUGUUCAUCCCAAUGUUUAACUCUUUGAUUUGACCAUGCAUGCCUAAAAAUUCAAAAUGUAACUUGAAUUAUGUGGCCUGUUCCCACUUCCAAUCCCCCUUCCCAUCCCACCUGUUUCACUCAUUGAAAUUUCAGUAAGGUGAGUAACAGAAUUAUUCUCUUGAAUAACCUUUGAUACAUUACCUGCAGUUUUGAAAGAUUAUAACGUGAAAUGUUUG